ACUCAUUGUUAUGGUUUAAUAAUUUGCUUUAUUGCAUUUAUUAUUUUACAGUUUAAUACAGUACAUAAGUUCUCGAGCUCGUUUAAAAGAAUAUUAACAAAUUGUCCAGUCUUGUCGCCAGCUCUUCUCUCGUUCUUGCGUUGUCGAUGUCUUCUUCGUUAAUGUUGCAGAAUUUUCGAUGAGACUUUUAAGAUGCUCUCCACGAAGAAGGGUACCGGAGGGGAGGACGACUUUAAUUAGCCCUGUAAUCCCCUGUAUCUGCCAUCGCAAGCCCUCUUCAGAAAUGUGUUGCUCCGCCGCUGAGGGGUAACAGGUGGCAAGUGCGUUAGCCGUCCGCUCCUUCACCGUGGAGCAGCACAGGACGAAAUCGUACGACCCUGCCCGUGAGCAAUCUCCCAACUCAUCUCUUUUCGACCUUGUAAAUAUCUCAACGUGUGAGUUUCAAUAUAUAAUGUGACAUUGAAGUAACGUUAACGUGAAGAAUGGAUUUGUGAGACGCAUAAAGAGUAGUAUAACAUUGAUCAUAACCUUUAAAUACGCAAUAGACUCGAUAAUUGAUAACAGAAAGAAUGGGAAUUUCGGAAAAAGCCGAUUCCGAUCAUGCCAUCGCAGGUGCUGUCAGCGGCUUUGUCACAAGAUUUACCUGUCAACCCCUUGAUGUCAUCAAGAUCAGGUUUCAGCUACAAGUGGAACCGAUUGCUGCUCACGAUGUGAGUAAGUACCAUUCGAUGCUACAGGCAACAAACUCAAUUGUGAAAGAUGAAGGAGUAUUGGCAUUAUGGAAAGGGCACGUACCUGCUCAAUUGCUAUCGAUCAUCUAUGGCACAGGCCAGUUUUAUGCGUACCACAGGUUCACCAAAUUCUCUGAAAAUCUUCAGAUACCAGAAAGUUUAAAACGUCCGACACAGUUUAUGGGAGGAGCUUUUGCUGGCUGUGUCGGCACCGUUCUUUCGUACCCUUUUGACACCGUACGAACAAGACUGGUUGCACAAUCAACGAAUCGUCUGGUUUACAAGGGAAUUGUUGAUUCAUUUGGUACUAUCAUGAAGACUGAAUCACCUAGGGCAUUUUUUCAAGGACUAUGGCCAACUUUGCUCCAAAUUGCACCACACACUGGCAUACAAUUUCUGUUCUAUAAUAUCUUCACGGACCUGUGCAAGUUUUACUCCAGUGACAGUUCGUCGAGUAUGACAAAGUCUAUGUUUGCAGGCAGUGCAGCAGGUUUAGUAGCUAAAACUGCAGUUUAUCCAUUCGACCUUGCUCGAAAACGAAUGCAGAUUCAGGGUUUCGAGGAAGGUAGAGUUGGGUUUGGAAAGUUCUUCCGCUGUAAAGGUAUGGUUGACUGUCUCGUUGUAACAGUGAAGGAUGAAGGCAUUAAAGGACUUUUCAAGGGGCUUGUUCCGAGCCAGCUAAAAGCUGCUGCAACAACUGCUUUACAUUUCACAGUUUACGAACAAACAGUUCUACUGAUACAAAGACAUCGUGUUUCGUGAAUAUUAAUUGCAGCAUAAUAUUCAAAAUGUUCCUCCGAGGUAUGCUUCAGAAUUCAUUCUGGUCUAUUCAAGUCAUGUUAAUUGAAAAUAUUAUUUCCUUGUGAUAAUACAAUCUAGGAGAUUAAUAUUUUUAAUACUUAUUUGUACAGAAAUAUAUGUAUAUGUAUAAUGCGGUCGUUAAAAAUGGAAUUU